AUGCCGUUAAAAUCCAGGGUCACUCUUUUCCUAGGCUCGUUGCUGUUAGCCAGUUCUCAACUAGGAAUACUCGCUGAACCAUCACCAGGCAACAUUCAAAAAUGGGCAGCAUGGACAACCAGGUACAACGACAAACAUGUUGUUCUAGCAGAGUCGCCGCCUCCUCCUGGCCCGCCCGGUCCAUCUGUCAUUCCAAUUCCGGCGCCAACUCCAUCAGUUACUCAGACAUCCACUCCGCCUCAGACAACCAAGAGCGAAAAGUCAUUCAACCCAUCCGACGUGCCCACAAUAUGGCCCUCCUCCACAGCCGCAGCACAGAAACCGGGAGGAGCAGCUUGCACCGAAGACAGCCAAUGCAACCUCCCAAACCAGUGUGGUCGCGACCAGACUCCAGCCUGUGACAAAGUCGCGCAGGUCUGCAAGUGCCUAGCCGUGCCCACGCUUGCGCCUGGACCGACUUCCGCCACAACGACGCCGACCGAGAACACCAGCAAAGCGCCGUACCCUAUCGUCACGCAGUGGAUAAAGGAUAUGGAGAUCAAGGUCGGCGAGCAGAAAUGCAACGACAAGGCCUCGUUCGGCGAGGAGCUAAUCAGCGGUAUCGAUAUCUUGAUGGACAUCAGGAAGAUUUGCGGGGCGUUGAAUGAGAAGAGACUACGGAUAUCGCCAGAUAGCGGGGAAUAUAAAUCCAACGGGCUGGGCACAAACGGUUCGAAACAUCAUUUUACAAUUUCUUGGAUAGAGGGUUGCACGUUCCCGAGCCAGGACAGGACAAAGUAUGGCACGAGGGCCUUUGAUCCAAGGGAGACGGGGGAGGAGAUUGAUGGGAUGAAUCGGUGCGAGUACAUGCUGAAUUGGAACUGGAAAGAGUGCGAUAAAGCCAAUGGUGGCAAAGGAGGAUAUCGAGAUAUAGGCUGCUUGCGAUACGCCACGGGACCGGGAGAGGAGGGUACCAAGGGAACGGGUGACGGCGUCAAGGAGAGGCUAAAGGAACUGGCUAGAGACCUGGGACCGUGGGAAACGAUUUUCUAA